AUGAAUAAAUUUAAUGAUUAUGAGUUUGGCAAAGAGUGUGAAGGGAUCGUUUGGGAUUAUAUUUAUAAUCCACCAAGAAAAAUAAGAACAAAAUUUUAAAUUCUUUAAAUGAAUGAAAAAGAGGUUGGAUACAUAUUGGAAGGAAAUUAUUUGAGGAUGUAUUUAUGCUUUUUGAAUAUUAGUGAUAAAAUUAUUGGUUCAUCAAACAAGCCUUAUCUUCUGACCUGUUUAGAAUAAAUAAAACAUUUGUAAUGGAUUGGAUAAUAUGAAUAACAUAACUUAAAAUCUGGUAAAUGGAUAACUAGAUGGAAUGGGGAGACUUUAGAAAAUGUUGGAGGAGGUUACUCUAAGGAAGGAAAAAAAUAAGGAUAAUGGAAAGAAAUAAAUGAGAAUUAUUGGAAGUAAUGUUUAUUGUACUGAAUGUUAGUAAGGCCUAAAUUUAUGAAGAGGGGAAUUAUGUUGAUGACUAAAGGUAAGGGAUAUGGAAGUAUGUUUAAGUAGAUAAAGAAAUGUAUUACUUAUUUAAUGUAUAUUUAGUGGAGGAGGAUAAUAUAAUUAGUUAGGAGAAAGGGAUGGAAAAUGGAUUUAGUUGAGUUAAGGAUAUUGGGAUUUUUCUUAAGUAAUUGAUUGUGGCUUAUAUAAAAAUGGAUAAAAGAUUGGCAGAUGGGACAUCUUGUAUAGGAAGAAAGGGAAGGAAUAANAAAAUAAAGAUGAUAAUUAUUUAAAAAAAGUACUGUAUUUAUUAUAUUUACAAUAUUGUCAUCCCUAUAGAGAUGAAUGA